CUAAUAUUGUUAAUAUUUCUUUGUAUUAAGUCAUUGAAAUCCAAAAAGAAAAGUAAAGCCAGUUAACUGAAACUAAUUUUAACUUAGUGCUUGACUCUUGGAACUUUGCUAAACGAGCUUCCUUGACUAGUACUAGCAGGUAACCAAAGUAUUGAGCAGAAGAGAAUCUUAUGAUAGACAUUGGAAGCAUUACAAUGAAGCAGUUGGGCCAGGAUCCUUUAGAGUUGGAAAUUAAUUGCAUGAAAGUUAUCAUCGAACGGUUUUUAACUUGUAUUUAUUUAAUUGUGUUAAAAUUUUAUUGUUACAUAAAAUUUUCUCUUGUAACGGGUGAGAUAGGCCCUCAAUGAAAAGUUACGUGAGAGAAACCUCGUAUACCGAGCAUCAACACCAAACUAAAUUAUGCCAAACUUGCUGCUUGGUCUGUUUAUAUUGUCUUUCUCAUUGUCUACAUAAUAGACGUUUCUAUUCCCUUUUUCUUUUCUGAUAUGUACUUCUUUUUCCUUGCUAAAUGUGCUCCACAUUGAAGCAAAUGAAAUACUAUAUGUCAGAUAGCAAGAAAAGAAUUGAUCCACUUUAUUCAUAUACCAUGCCUGCACAUAUUGCAGACUAAGCAUUUUAUUGUCCACUUUUUUGUUUCUCCCUAUUUGGCAAAUCCUCUCUCCUUACAUUACUAAUGAUAGAAAAUAGUUAAAUAUCAUUAAGGAAAAAUAAAAAAGACAUUGAAACAACAUUAACACCAAAUUGAAGAUAUAAUGUUAGCUUGGUGGAAAUGGGAGAAGGAAAGAGGAAAGUUAUUGUAGGUUCAAAUCCUCCACUAACAAAAUUAACAAUUAACAUUAAUACAAUGACAUUAACACCAAAUCUAAGCCGCAUAGAUAAAUAGAUUUUGUUUAAAGAACCUAUUUACAAUUUAUUCAAGUUUUCUUAUUAUAUAAGCAAUUGUGUAAGUAUUCAAUAUGAACAAUUUAAUAUGGUUAUGGACAGAUUCGAUAUAUAAGGUAUGUUUAAUGUGCCAGAUGUUCAACAUGCUGAAUGCUCUUGUCAUCAAAUCCAAGAGUUCUUUUGUCUGAUCUCUUUCUUUUUGGUUUCCUCUCUCUAUCUUAGUAAAAAACUUCGGUCAAAAGGGAAAAAAAGCCAUGUUGGACCUGUCAAAGCCAAUCAUUUCAAAUUCUCAUACACUCAUUGCUUUGCGUGGAUCCAAAACCUCGAGGCUUGUGUCGCAUAUUCUAAAGCUUAAUGUGCUUCUGUCCUGAAAAAGCUUAUGGUUUAGCCUUAUAUUACUAGUUUAAGCAACCAGCAGACUCAAAACCCCAGACAUUCCCCCACUUAAUGUUUCUUCUAACUUCAGUUGAUCUUGUCUGUGGUUUAACAUAUAAAUAUCCAUGUGUGUAUGUCUCUGUCUCAUUGAUUAACUCUCAUUUCAAUUGUUUUCAAAUCAUUCUGUCUCACUUUAUCCUUCACUCCUGCUCUGUCUUCCCUCUCCAAAUCAUCAUUCUGUAGCAUUAUUUCUUCUCAGCAGUUUCCAUGGAGGUUGUUGAGUUAAAAGUGGAGAUGGUUUGUAUACAUGAGAAAAGACUAAGGAAAUGCCUCUCAAAAUUAAAAGGGAUAGAAAAAGUGGAAGUGGAUACUAACUGCCAGAAAGUAGUAGUGACUGGAUACACACACAAGAACAAAAUCCUAAAAGCAGUUAGGAGAGGGGGUCUCAAAGCUGACUUCUGGUCUGCUCAGAAUGAGUUCCUUAAUGCUUAUGUCAGUUCCAAUUAUGCCAACUUUAGAUUCAACCCCUUCAACUUCUUCUAAAUAUGAGACAUUCUUUUCUUUUUUUUUGGGGGGGGGAGGGGGGUGGCGCUUUUUCUUUGGGCUUUUACAUCUCCUGUCCAGUGUGGGAUGAUAAAUUUAUGAGUGUUGCUAGGUGCACCCAGCAUUAUUGCUGGUGCACCCAGCAAAGCUAUUAAA